AUGGACUCGACCUACUCAAGUCACGACUUCGACAUUUACUCACGCACUCCCAGACCGAGGACAGAUAGUGGAGUGUCUACGACAGAAGGACUUCUCCAGAGCCUGCAGCUUACCGCGACGACAUCCUUCGAGACGGCAUCGUACACCACCAGCAGACCUUCGUCCUCCCGCGGCCUCGCCUCGCCCGCCUACCCAAGUUCGCGCCUCUCCCACUCACCGGGCUACUUGUCCACCCGUCUUCCUCAGCACCAAGAUUCCUUCCCGUCUCUGCCAUCUGAACCCACCGUCUCCGGCGCGGGGUGGUUUGAGCCGGAUCAAUCACGGACCCAGGGCGCGCCACUGCUCCGGCUUGAACCUGCAAAAGACGAGCUCGGAGCCUCGGCAUCAUCGCCUCCGAUCCCAUCGACCGAGACGGAAGCUAUGAGUACCGUGGCCCUCUCAUACGACCCGGCAUUUAACAUGGGCACCAGACCAUCCUUUGCCUGGCCAGGUACACCACGCCGCAUUGAUUUUCGCCCACAGUCAUGCGAGUUCGCCUGCUUACCAGUCGUGACAGUGAUGGAUUCAGGGACUGGCCUCCUUCCUCCUGAGCUCGGUCCGUACGGGUCGGAUGCCAGUUUUACGCCGUCUAGCGAGUCGAGAUCGGUCACAGCAAGCCCUCCCAGGACAACGCUCACCGCGGAACAGCGGGAGUUGAAACGACAGAGGGACCAGGCCCGCCACAACUCUAAAUUGCAAGCGCGCGGGCGCAGGACAGACAGCGCUUCUUCUUCGGUCUAUUCGCCGCCCAUGACCAUAGCCGACCUGACGACUGGUGCCUCGAGCAUGCCCGUGUACACGACCGCACCAUCUCAGAUCUCGCUUCUUACAGAACCUUCGGCACCGCAAUACUUGCCGCCGUUUUCGCCGCCGCUGCAAGACCAGAACCAGGCCAGCAUGUUCAACAGCCACUAUCCUUCUCAGUCUUACCUGCCCGACUACGGCUAUCCGCCAUCAACCGGCCCGAGCCUGCCGUCGCACUAUGGGUAUGUCACAGGCCGACGACAGCCAUCAAAGUCCUUAAUAUUAACUCUCUGCAGUCGGCCACUUGUCCCCGAGCCGAACCUUGGGAUGUACCCCGUGGCCCCGGUUAUCCCCCAAGGGCCGUCCGACACAGCUGGGCAAGUCAGAGUGGUACACAGCCGGCCAAAACCACAGUGUUGGGAGCACGGGUGCAACGGGCGGCAAUUCUCAACCUUCAGCAACCUCCUCAGGCACCAGCGGGAGAAGUCUGGGCAAGCGGCCAAGGCGACAUGUCCAAACUGCGGGGCAGAGUUUACGCGGACGACGGCCAGGAACGGCCACUUACUACACGACAAGUGCAAGAAGAAGAACGCUGGCAACUAA